AUGCCUUUUGAAUGGUCUCUCGAUUACUGCCUCUCCUGCGAUAGGGAAGCACCAAACGGAGCCGCAUACUGCUCACAGGCCUGCCGUCUGGCAGAUAUGGAACGGGCUUCGUGUAGUUCGUCUCCAAAGACUGCCACAAGCACAAGCACAAGUGGUGCCCCUGGCGGAUUCUACCUACCUCCUGCUCUCAACUUCUCUACAUUAUCAAGGACACAUGAGACUUCCUCUGGAUCUCCAGUUAGGUCGAACCCAACAUGGCUGCCGCCCAGUAACUCCAAUGGCAGGAAAGGUUCCGCCGGUUCGAACCUACAUCCAUCUCCAUCAAGGACAUCUCUUUCCUCGAUGCCUUCCCAACAUUCGCCCUUCGAGCAAUCCUAUCUAUCCGAAAAGGCCCUUCGAGAGCUUAAUGACUACGCCAAUGCUUUCGAUCAGGUCAGGGAUAACAAGCGACGAAUGACCAUCUACUAG